GGCCCCCAGGUGUAACUCGCCCCGCCGAGCCGCCGCUCGCCUCGCUCGAACAGUGCACCGCCGGACGCAGUACUCUCGACACGGGCGUCCAGCCGCCUCGGCGUACCUAUUCUUCGCCGUACCUUCGCCUCCUCCUCGCCGAAUCCUCGAGCGGAACGCUCCUCGUCGAGGAGCGUCACCCGGACCCGCGAACGAUGCUGUCUGGAUAGCCGGAUUCGCGAAGCAGUCGAAGCAGUGAGCGGCGCGCGCGAAAUGUCGUCCGAGCGAUUUCAUAAGGCCGCGCAAGAAGGCAUAUUGGAUGUUCUGAAGGAAGCCACGAGAAAGGAUUGUAACGCGCGAGAUGAAGGAGGAAUGACCCCGACAUUAUGGGCAGCCUUCGAAGGCCACGUAGAUGCUCUGAGACUGCUAGUCGCCAGAGGAGGUGAUCCGGACAAGACCGAUUAUUUCGGUAAUACAUGCUUGCACCUGGCAGCGGCGAGGGGCCAUGAAUUCUGCGUGAAAUUCUUGGUAAAAUUCGGUUGCAAUAUCUGGUCGCUGGACAUCGACCGGCAUUCCGCCCGUGAACUCGCAGCGAUGAACGGCUGCGAGAAGAUCCUGCAGUUCCUGGACAUUGCUCAGGCCGAUCAGGAAUUGAAUAAUCGCAAGAAAAGCCGGUUGCUCCGGGAAAAGGCGGAGAGAGAUGCGGAGAAGAGACUAAAGGAGUACAUGAAGAAACAAAAAAUGGCCGAAAUUAGGGCGGAAAAGGAACAGAAGAAACUCAUAAAGGAUCGUGCUAAAUCAGACUUCGACGCAAUGAAUGAGUUGAACUCUCAACGGCCCGGGGUACUGACCUUUAGAGGCCGAAUGAAACCUUCGCCGACAUUCAGCGACAUCGUUGGUACUACUACGAAGAGACACGGCAGCACAGUUUGUCGGAAAGCUUUAGCUAAAAAAGCCGUCAACGACUUCAAAGUCGUCGAGGUCGAAGUGAAUGGAAAGAAGUCAGUUCGAAGUCUCACCGGCGUUCGACGGGAUUCUGAAGUUAUGUACGUAGGCACAUAUGACACUCAGCCUCAACACAUAGGCAUCAGAAGAGGAAAGAUCUCUGAUGUAUGGGGCACUCUCAGUAAAUCACAGAGUACGCCCGAUCUCUUAGGUGAAAGGAUAUAUGACGAAGAGGAGGAGGAUAGGGAGGAAGAGAACUUGAAUGUUGCAAAGGACACCGCUUUUCUUCAGGAACCAGCCAGCAUCUUUAACCGACCUGGUUUCGGUUCAGUAGCUUUCAGAAGGGCGAUAACAUCUACGCUAGAUAAUCUGCCAGUCACCCAGACGGAUGUUCAAUUGCAAAACAGCAAUAUUUCAGCAAAUGGUUCUACAAACGGAUCCAUAAACAGCAAUAAGUUUAGCCCAAACGGACACAAUGAAGAGAUUAGUAUAGGAAGUGCCGGCAGUUUGGCACGCAGGCAAAGCUUAUGGGAUGAGGAUCUUCUUUCGGAAGGUGAGGAAACGGACGAGGAAUGGACACCUUUACAGAGAUUUUUGGUCGCCAAUAAUCUCACAUCCAUACAUCCCAUCUUGGAAUCGGAGCAAAUCGAUCUGGAAGCUCUGAUGCUGCUCACUGAAACCGACAUAGCGGCCCUCAAACUUCCCCUCGGUCCUAGACGGAAACUCACUAAUGCAAUCGCAAAUCGGAAAAAAGCGCUGAACACGCCGGAGAGUGUUAUCAAGGACAGUAGAUUGUGAAAAUAUAUUGCAUUAGCCAUAGAGGAUGUACUACUGUUAACGAAAUUAUCCGUCCAUCUACAAAUGCGGUAAAGUAGCUAUUAAUGGCUUGUGUGCAAAAGAUAGAAAUAGGGAACGGUUGUUUUAAACGUAAAACACAAAAUUGAGGUUUUUUGUGAAAAUUGCGCAAAUUAAUCAUUAGACAAUAAAAAAAGAAGUUAAAAAGUUAUUAAAAUUAUUAAAUUAUUCAAUAUCAGAAGUGUCUUAAUAUCGAACUUCUUCGUGCCUUGUAAUUUUAUAGUUUAUCGUCAACAUAUUUUCCUAUCAUUUACAGUUAAAAAAUAUAUAUACUAUAUUUAAUCGAUCUCAUUGGCUUAAAUUAUACGUAAUCGUAAUUAUGUAAAUGAUCAUUAAAAAAAUUUACAAAAAAUCGAAAAUCAGAAAAAAAUAAGGAGGAAGGAGAGAAUUACCGAUGGCACAAAAUAAUAGAUAAGUAAGAUAGAACAAACAGUUCUUGCCAUAAUUAAAGAAACAAAAAUUCAAUACACCAUAAUACACUGCCAUAAAAUGUACCGUCGUUGAUAUUGUUCUAUUCAACAUCAGCCUGACCUGUUACUCUAAUUAGACGUAUAUAUUAUAUUGUACUAUACACGAAAUUUCAAAAUUUUUGCACACAGAUAUAUAAUAAAAACAUACA